CUGGCGAGACGGACAGGUGCUUUUCUGGCUGUCGGACUCUCUGGGAGGGACAAGCAGUGAAAGGAAAAGCCUCGCUGGGGGGCUCUGCUGGAGUGAAAACACUUUUCCACUGGCUAUGUUUGGAUGUGAUGCUUGUCUCUGUGGAUGCAACAUGGAAUCUAUGGCCUGAUUACACAGCCCUAAUAUUCAGAUAGUGCUGGAGGGAAGGGAUAAUGCAUAUCCUUCCCUGCCCGGAACAAGAAGCCACCAUGAGCAACGUCACGGUCACCGACAACACUGAGCCCAUCAGCCGCACCAUGAGUCCGGCAACCCCCAGCCCGUAUCCCUAUCCUGUUAGUUUCCAGGUCUCCCUGACCGGCUUCCUCAUGCUGGAAAUCCUCCUGGGAAUGAGCUCUAACCUCACUGUGCUUGCCCUCUACUGCAUGAAGUCCAACCUCAUUAGCUCUGUCAGUAACAUUGUCACUAUGAACCUCCAUGUGCUGGACGUGCUGGUUUGUGUGUGCUGUAUCCCUCUCACAAUCGUGGUGGUGCUGCUCUCCCUGGAGGGAGACACCGCCCUCGUCUGCUGCUUCCAUGAAGCCUGCGUCUCCUUCGCCAGCGUUGCCACUGCUGCUAAUGUGCUCGCUAUCACCCUUGAUCGCUACGACAUCUCGGUCAAACCAGCCAACCGGGUGCUGACCAUGGGCCGUGCCCUGGCCCUGCUGGCUGCCAUUUGGGUGCUAUCCUUUGUUAGUUUCCUUGUACCCUUUAUUGAGGUGGGCUUCUUCGCCCAGGGCCACGCUGAUCUGAACCAGACAGCGGUGGAGAAUGUGGUCCACACUAACCAGUACUACACAGAACUCGGCCUCUAUUACCACCUGCUUGCUCAGAUCCCUAUUUUCUUCUUUACUGCUGUUGUCAUGCUCAUCACCUACUCAAAGAUCCUGCAGGCACUCAAUAUUCGCAUCGGCACACGUUUCCACGCUUCACAGAAGAAGAAGGCUCGGAGGAAAAAGCGUCCAUCCAUGACAGCCAUGACAACGCAGCAAGAGGCCACAGAUGCAUCCCAGAGCAGCGGCAGCCGCAACCCCACACUGGGCAUGCGUACCUCUGUCUCUGUCAUCAUCGCCUUGCGCAGGGCUGUGAAGCGCCACAGAGAAAGGCGAGAGCGCCAAAAGAGGGUUUUCAGGAUGUCCCUCCUGAUUGUGUCUACCUUCCUGCUCUGCUGGACGCCCAUCACAGUGCUCAACACAGUCAUCCUGAGCAUGGGCCCCAGUGACCUAAUGGUCAAGUUGAGACUGGGCUUCCUGGUCAUGGCUUAUGGGACCACUAUCUUUCACCCUCUACUCUACGCCUUCACCAGGCAGAAGUUCCAGAAAGUCUUGAAAAGCAAGAUGAAGAAGCGAGUGGUGUCGAUCAUUGAGGCAGACCCUACCCCUAAUAACGCCAUUAUCCACAACUCUUGGAUUGACCCAAAGAGGAACAAAAAGGUGACUUUUGAGGACAAAGACGCCCAACAGAAAUGUCUGUCUUCUGAGGACGUGGAGUGAAGGAACUCUUUGGGGUAGACAGUCAACAAAAGCAGCUAAAACUGAUAUCAGGUCGUGAUGAAAAAGGGAAAAUGUUAAUCCAAAGCAGUACUGUAAAUAAUAUGUGCAAUACAAUGUACAAAAACAAGAGGUGGAUAAUUUAUUACUAUUUAUUGAGAACAAAAGUAGGUUUCAUAGAUACACCAUAUACAGUACUGUAGAUACUGCAUGGCUUUUUGUAAUGGUAGCAACAAACAGUGCUUUGUGUACAUGCAUAAUACAUGUACAGCAUAGGGCGAACAAGGUAUAUGAAUAGACAGAGAAGUAGGGAUUAUUAUGUAUAUGUAUAUUUAUAAUAAAUUUCGUGUUCACUCACCUAAUGCAGCAAAAGGCUUCCUGUUCUCCCCUUCCCCAAGUAAAGUGUUUGUGAUUCUGUAACAACUGUGAGAUUACUCCCAUUCAUCACCAUGCCAAUUGCUCUGACACCAGACCCGCAAUCCCCAGUGACCACUGACCUUAUUGCCUUGGAGCCCUCUAAGGGAAGGCCCUCCACUGAAAUGAGACUAUAGGUAUGAGGAUGCGACGAGACAGACGUGGAGAGAAAGGGAGGGAAAGGAAGUAGCAGAAGUAGUGUAUGUUCUGUUGCUAUAGCUGAAAAGCUGCAGGGGUACUGUUCACAAUCACUGCUUUUAGAGUUUAAGAGGAACACUCGCAUUCCACAGACACAACAGAGGACCGUGGUACUCAUCACCUCGUCUGACAUAAACCAGAUGUAAUCAAAGCCUGGCCUGUUUCACUUUAACAGUCACGUCUUUGAGCCAAAUGGAAAAUCUACAGUUGCCUUAUUUUGGUUUGAUGAAUUGACUAUUUGGUGGGACUGGGGCUGUGAAAGGGAGAGCACAUAUUGAACAAAAUAUAAAAAAAUUAAAACAAAUACUGUUUAAACUCCCGACGUGAAUACAAUCCUCAGAUGUUAUGUUUUUCAUAAAGGAGUUAUUUAAUCAAACUAAAGGGAAAUGUUGAAAAUGGCUGUAUUAUCAAAUUGUCUGUUUUUUAAUAACACAAGCCGAACUACAAUGCUCUCCAAAUAAGCAAAUCCAUAACUGCAAUAAAGAACUGCAAAAAUCUUAAAGCCUAAUAAAAGAUUCUGUUUACA